AUGGCAUCACAGGAAGAAUUGAACAAGAUGAUAAAGGUGGCAAGCGAUGCCAAGUCAAAGGCUUAUUGCCCUUAUUCACACUUUAGAGUAGGAGCAGCAUUGUUGUGCGAGGAUGGAACAAUCUUUUCUGGAUGCAAUGUUGAGAAUGGAAGUUAUGGACUGACCAUCUGUGCAGAGCGCACUGCAUACACCAAGGCUGUCUCUGAAGGACAUACCAAAUACAAAGCAAUCGUUGUUACAACUGAUGUCGAGGACAGGUUCAUCACACCAUGUGGAGCAUGUCGUCAGUUUGGAAUUGAGUUUGGUAACUUUGAGGUGUAUUGUGUCAAGCCAGACCAGAAGACUAUACAUAAGACCAGCACAAAUGAACUGUUGCCAGGUGGAUUUGGACCAAGUGACUUGGAAGCACCAAGGUCAUCACAGUAA